AAGGAGCAGCUCUGUUUGUGUUUCUUCGGAUUAUUUGUGUUGCGAGGCUAGUCAGGAGACGCAAGCCAGGAAACGCAAGCUAAAGGACGCAAGCCAGCAGACGCUAGCAAAGGACGCAAGCCAGGAGACGCAAGAUAAAGAACGCAAGCCAAGGAACGUAAGCCAAGGAACGCAAGCCAGGAAACACAAGCCAAGGAACGCAAGCCAAGAGACGCAAACCAAGGGACGUAAGCCAAGGAACGCAAGCUAACAAAACACAAGCCAAGGGACGCAAGCCAGGAGACGCAAGCCAAGAAACGCAAGCCAAGGGACACGAGCCAAAGGACAUGCACCUAGAGACACGAGCAGGUCUUCGAUAUGGCUGAGUUGCAUGUACUACAGCUUGACCGAGCGAUUAAAGCGGGAGACGUGGCAAAUAUAGCGAAGGCGCUAGACGAGGGAGCGUCUCCUGACGGCGAUAAGAACGCCGGAAAGAAGCCCAUUCACUUAGCCGUGGAAACCGGUUUAGUACAGAUCACGAAGCUACUGCUUGAGAGAGGCGCCAACCUCAAUGUGGCGAAUCCUGAAGACCACGGGAGACGUCCACUGCAUAUGGCUGUCGUGAGAGGUUUUGAUAAAAUCGUGAAAUGCUUGCUUGAAAGGAACGCCGACCCCAAUUUAGUAGACGGUGCAGGGGAACCGCCACUUAUCACUGCAGUAAAAAAGGGUGAAUUAUCUUCUGUUGCUCUUCUGCUGAAAUACGGGGCUGAUGUUCAUAAAAGAGACGCAAACCAUAACUCAGCAAUGCUUAUUGCGGUGGAAAAAAGUCACGGAGAAAUCGUCCAAAUGCUACUGAAGGAGGGAGCUCCAGCCUACAAUAUAAAUAUGUCAGGCGACGGUACGAUUCACGUGGCUGCAAGAAAAUGCUCAACGUGGAUCCUUGAGAUGCUGAGAGAGAAGGGAUGUGAUAUAAACAAGAGCAACAGAGACGGCUCGUUCCCGCUGCAUCUGGCUGCGGAGUCUGGCAACCUGGAGGCUGUCCAGUGGUUCCUGCUCAACGGCGCGAAACUCAACGCGCGGGAUGAAGAUGGGAAGACGGCGGCGGACAGAGCGGCAGACGCGAGGCAGAGACACGUCGUGGAUUGGUUUAAUGACCAAAAGGUACUCAACAAACGGCUCCUGGCGAUGGCGCAGAGAGGGGACGCAGAGGGUGUGCGUAGACUAGCAGAAGGUGGCGUGGACUUGGAGGCGGUGAGCUUAUUGCCGGGCCAGACAGGUACGGUUAUACGCACCUGCACUUGCAUUACGAAUUUUAUAAUCUGCUUGUUCAAAGGAGGAAAAAUCGUGACAUGCCGGUAACUGUUCUCAAACUUUUUAAAUUUAUUUCUUAUUCCGCCCCCUUUUUUUUUUUUUUUUUGAUACCUUGCAAACUAGAAUCCGUAUGUGACUACAAUCAUUUGACUCCAGAAUGAUAUUGCACUUGAUUUGUAUUUUUAAUGAUGGUAAUAGCCUGAAAACUUCUGUCAUUAUGGUUUAUCAAUUCUGCCUAUAGGUUUAUGCGUUGGUCGAGAGGUGAAGCACCUGGUUCAGCAGCAGACUUGACUUGCUGUUAUUAUUAUCAAUGAUCAAAAUUUUGGUUGUCAUUAAAGCAACAAUUUCGAAAAAAAAAAUUGUAAUUCACGCGAAGCUCACGUGAAUGAACACCUCAGAAAUCUUAUCCUUACGAUUUUCAUGUUAAAUUAUUUGUCACUGCAGCUGUACUCGU